AUGGAGAAAUUUGUUGCGGUUACAAUGCACUCUCGGGAGUUAGAAGUUCUUACGGAACUUGAACGGACUCUUCGGACAUUGCGGGCCAAUGCCGACUUAGAUCAUGAAACGAGAAAGAAGAGAGCCAUUACAAAGAAAAGUCAAAGGAUAAUGAUACAAGCUCCAAUUCCGGACGAAGAAUCCACGAAGGAAUUGACGGAUUGUAAUGCAAUUCAAGUGAAUGUAAUGUAA